AUGUCGACCACCGCCGUCUACGAAUUCGCCGAUCGUCCAGUCAAGAAACUCGUCCUGUUCGAUGUUGACGGUACUCUCAGCUUGGCGCGCCAGAGCGCAACUCAGGAGAUGAUGGAUCUUUUGCGUGAAGUUCGGAAAAAGGUGGUCAUUGGAUUCGUCGGCGGGUCCGAUUUUGUGAAGAUUUCAGAGCAGUUGACGGUUGGAGGUGUUAAAGCUAUCGAUGCGUUUGACUAUGGAUUCGCGGAAAAUGGGUUGAUUGCGUACAGGACUGGAAAGCAGCUUGCGUCGCAAUCGUUCAUUGGUUGGGUCGGCGAGGAGAAAUACAAGAAACUUGUCAACUUUAUUCUACACUAUGUGGCAGAUAUCGAUAUUCCAAUCAAGAGAGGAACGUUUGUCGAGUUCCGCAAUGGAAUGAUCAAUGUGCACGGUAUCCGCAAGAAAUUCGUGGACACUCUAAAGGAGAAGUUUGCCGAUUAUGGACUCACAUUUUCAAUCGGUGGUCAAAUCUCAUUUGAUGUGUUUCCCACCGGGUGGGACAAGACUUAUGCGCUUCGUUAUGUCGAGAAUGAAGGGUUUGAAGAGAUUCAUUUCUUUGGAGACAAGACGUACGAGGGAGGAAACGAUUAUGAGAUUUAUAGCGACCCUCGAACGGUUGGUCACUCGGUCACUAGCCCCGAGGAGACAAUGAGGAUUCUUCGCGAGUUGUUCCUCUCGUAA